GGCAACAUUUUCUUGUCUCUGACAUCUUGUGAUCACAAGACUUCUUCGUUUUGAGUUUUCUGUCAAGUAAAAUUUGGAGAGAAAAGGCCGUCCCUUUUGGGAUUUUCUGGUUUUAAAAGCUCCAAUUGACGAAAACCUCCAUCAAGAUGAGAUACUUCCUGACGUACCUGUUUGUGUUGCUGCUGUCGCUCGCCAUACCCAUAUUUUCGUUGUACUACCUUCUUACUGGAAAGGGUGAGCAAAUCAGUUUCGGAUGGUUCCUGGAGAACACGUCUCCCUAUAUGUGGGGGACGUUGGGAAUUGCUUUCGCAGUAGCCUUUUCAGUAGUGGGGGCUGCAAUGGGAAUCCAUACCACCGGAGUAAGCAUAGUGGGAGGUGGUGUCAAAGCUCCCAGGAUCAAGACGAAGAACUUGAUCUCCGUUAUUUUCUGUGAAGCAGUGGCCAUUUAUGGAUUGAUUACGGCCAUCGUGCUGUCGGGUAUGUUGGAGCAGUACAAAGAGCCAUUCUUGGAUAUAGCUAUCAAGCAACAGAAUUGGAUGGCUGGGUACGUCAUGUUCGGUGCUGGGCUGGCCGUGGGGCUGGUAAACCUUUUCUGUGGCAUCUCUGUCGGGAUCGUCGGGUCAGGAGCUGCCCUCGCUGAUGCAGCCAACGCAGCCCUGUUUGUAAAGAUCCUGAUUGUGGAAAUCUUUGGGUCGGCCAUUGGGUUGUUUGGACUGAUUGUCGGCAUUUACAUGACUUCAAAAGUUAAAAUGGGAAACCAGUAACUUAAGAAGAAAGUCAUACUUGAAUUUAAGUUAUGCAAGAGCACUGGUACUCCUAUCCUGACCUUGACCUCAUCUAACUCGCUGCCAGUGCUUCAAACAAAAAUGUAUUUAUUUAAGGAGCAAUAUAAGCUUUGAAUAAGUGUUGGGACUUGUAUACUUUGGAAUAUAUACUUCAGAAUUGCUGUGUUACAAAAAGUAUGUGCAAUUAUUAUUUGACUUAUUCUGUUUUUUUAUAAUGUUGAUUACCUUAGCACUUGGGAGACCUAUUUGAUGGACAUCUAAAUAAUAUGCAGACAGUAAGUUACAACCUUGUUUGUCUAAUUGCAACAAAUUCAUAAAUAUGAAUAUCUAGUUUUAGUUCUACCAUUCCUUUUUUGAUUUGACUAGACUUCAAAAAAAUUACUACCUAUUAUGUAUUUUGUUAUGUAAACUAUUGAGUUUACAUAACAAAAAUUCAAGCAUCUGCCUUAAUUUAGUUUAGUUUCUUUGAGAAAAAUCUUUGUUUUUUUUUUGUACACAUUCUCUAAAUAGGUUUUGUAUUCAAUUACUCUAACUAAUAUAAUGUACAAACUAUGCCUGUUUUUAAGCAUUGUGCUAAGGUUUCAAACAUUAAAUCAUUUUACAGAAAAGAUUGUAUUGGAUUGUUAUUAGACCACUUUAAUCAUUGUAACCAAUAAUAAUAUAUGAUUUAAAUACCAUAUCACAGUGUCCUGUAUUAAAUUGACUAGAUAUAUAGUGCAUUUUAUAUACUUAAAUAUAUUUUGUCUCAUCGUAGUAUUUUAUAAUGUUAACCAAAUAACUACGUUAAGCAGACCUUGUUUACUAUGGCAUGUAGGAUGAAACACAUUUGGAAAAUAAAAUAUUCACAUGUUAAUUUCUAAUAUCACUAAAUACAUUUUUGUUGUUGUAACAUACCUUACAUAUCUCUUGUUUGAAGUGGUUCAACACGUCACUAGAUGUAUAGUGGCGCUUUCAAUGUCAUAGAAAAUAGGGCCCAGACUGGAUGCACUGAUGUAUGUAGUCAUUUUGUUUAAGGCUUAAACAUUCCAUGAAAUGUUAAUACAACGUUUUUGAACGCUUUGAUUGGUAAAAGCCACUGUAUAUAAAUAAAUGACACUUAUGUUAAUUGUUUUUCGCCGUUUGAGAGUUCUAGCGGAAAAUGUAUGCCCUUUAAGGUAUGGGAAUGUUGAUUUACCCCCCAUAAUGGGUAUUUAUUUAUGUCACUCUGUCAUAUUUACCAUUAAUUUCAGUGCACACUUAUAUGCAUGUGAAUAUAAGUUUUUUUUUUGUAAAGAUUUUUCAUUAUUACAACUCAUGUGACACCACCAAUUUAAUACCUCUUGUGGUCACAAUGACCCUUCUUCCCCCUAUAAUAUUUUGAAAUCACCCCAAUUUUGUAAUGUUUGUCUGAUUUCUGCCAUUUCGUUUAACUAUAUUGUUGGAACACGUAUAAAUAUUGUCAUUAAUAAAUGUAAGUAAAUAUAUAUUAAUUUCUCUUAUAGAAUUAACAUAGCCGGAAAAUUAAUGAUAAUUGAUGUUCAUAAAUAUUUAAAAUUUGUCUAUUUUUUAUGAAAUUAAAUUGUUACUGUUUGUAAAUAUUA